AGUGACAACGCUCUUUAGUGCGCAGAAAUAACAAAAAGUAUUGAGCAUUGGUUUUAAACUGUUAGUUCUGCUGUGCUAUAACACUUCCGGAGUCCGGAGAUUGCUUUCCUAUUGCCUUGCCCGCACGCAUGGCUCUAUUAUUAGACUUCUAGAUCUAGAUCUAUUGCAUUGAGUGCAUACAUGGGGAGGAACGCCGAAAACAAUGCAAACGGAACGAAAAAGGAAAGCAGGAGACUCUCUCUUGGUCUCAACAGCAGAGAAGCAGCCUAAAAUGAGCCCAGGGAGGAAAAAAGAAUUACAAAUUGUCAAAGAUGUCAAUGUUCAGAGUUAUAUUCAGAGCCGGGCUGUUGAGGUUCGAGCGUUUACAGAACUGGUGAAAAAUGUCGGCGGCAACCACACAGCCUUCCAGAAGUUGCCGCGUCACAUGCGCCGCAGAGCCAUGAGUCAUAACAUCAAGAGAGUUCCCAGAAGGCUGCAUGAAGUCGUCAAGGCGGAGCUGGAAAGAACCAAAGCACCUGCUAAAAGACCAAGCCGUCGAUAUCGAAGACGUCCCAGCAAUCUGCUCUCUGAGUACGAAAGGAGAAAACGUAGAAUUGGCUGGCUGGAGACACAUAUCUGGCAUGCUAAGAGGUUCAAGAUGGUGGAGAAAUGGGGCUACAGACUGGCCCUCCACCCUUGUGACAAGAGUGUGCGGGCCUGCUACAGGGCAGUGAAUAUGCAUUGUAUGAUGCAGGACGUGUCUUUUGAGAGCUACAUAGAGGUCAAAGGAUCAAGAGAGGAUAUCCUGAGUGGUCUUUCUCACAUCACAAGUCAAGAGUCUGGUCCUACUUUUGCUUCUAAGAUGACAUCAGCGGGCACAAGACAGGGCUUAGUGACCUUGUACUCCUUUGACUCCUACCCACGUGGCUGCAUUGGUCAGGUGACUUAUCUGUGGAAGGGCAGGAAAAUAGCUGACGGUGAGAGUGAAGAUGAGUCAUUGUUGUGGAUCUGCUGCCAUCCAUCUUUCUAUAGCCAGGCCAUGAGUGAGUUACGCAAAUGUUUUCCUGUCAGUGAGAGUCAGGAUGGAAUAAAUGGCUGUGAAAAUGGGAAUGAUGGAGUUCCAGCCUCACCUCUAGUCCGUGUCACAUCAUUGAAGGACCAGCUUGUCACUUUGAGGUUGUAUGGUCCUGGUUCGAAUACCGUACUGGCAGAGGUAUUGAGACCAGCCAGUGUUGUGCCGGCACAGUCAGAGGGUAGUGCUGGAACAACUGGAAAAGUGGAGAGUGAAAGAAACAAUCCAGCGAUGUGGUGGAAGGAAUAUUACUCCUCCGAGGCUACGAGAGGUGACCUUGACAGGCAGAUAGAGGUUUGGUCUAGACUGAAACUUUGCAGAUCUCCAGCGGAGUCUCCCCCACACUCUGUGAUCGCUGUGACGGUAAGGGACCCCCGUGUUCUGCUACCGCCCAAGAGACAGAAGGUGGCGAGUUCAAACACAGGCUCAGUGUGUGCCCAGCUACCAUCGGAAUUGUUUAGCCCAGAGGUCAGCUCCAGCCCGCUGUGGGAUGUCUCGGUGAGACAGACGGUGAAGAGUUCCAAGAUGGCGGAGAAGGAACUGAACAAGCUGAAGGGCCAGCAGUUGAUUCCAGGCAGUGAACUGGACCUAGGUGAUGAGGAAUCUCGCAUCCCGGUGCUUCUGAUCCAGAGACCAGGAAUUCCCAGCAGCCCGUCACUGUCUUCUAGUUCACAGGCAGGCUACGCCAGUGGUUGGGAUGUGGUCAUACCUGGGGGGUGGGCAAUGGCAUUCUGGGUGGCCUUUGUCUACCGGGGUGCUCGGGUGGGUGGUUUGCGGGAGGCCCAGAGUGUCUGGCUCCAGGCCGGUCAACUCUCUGCACCAGGAGAUUUCCCAGACAGCCGGGCUGGAUUGUCUGAGAUAAAUGCGGAACUCGGAGAUUUGAAAACUAGGCAUGAGAGGAGACCACCAGCUAAACGGCCUAAUUAUACCAAACUUGGGAUGCUGUUUCCUUUUGAGUACAAGGCUGGUGAACUUGUGAAAAUCUGGACAGCGAAGGUUGUUGAAAAUCUUCCAGGUGUGGUGUUAAACUCGCAGUAUGUCCUGGAUGGAAACAAUGACAACGGUGUGGUUGUAUUAAGAGAGAGGAAAUUACUUUGUCUAUUGGACAGUGUCUUGGCAAAUCCGAGCAGAUUUUUAAAAUAUGGUCUUACUUCAAUGAGCAAAAACAAUAAUAAGAACAAUAACAAGAACUGUGAGCAAAACGAAUCUGGAAAUAUUUAUAGCCAACUCUCGCGUUAUGCUGCUGGUAAGAGACUGCUUGACAACUUCCUUUCAGCUCUCGUGCCCGUCUCCUUCCACAUGCUUCUCAGGGGUGUCCCGUAUUUUCGUGGUCACGUCUGUCUUCCGUCCGACGACGAUUUGAGAACAUUAGAUGGUGAUAAAUCGUAUGGAGGACCUGUUGAAAACCUGCAUAAAGACCCUGGUCGUUCUGUGAGAAAGGCAGAGAGGAAAGAGCGGCUUAAACUCCGGAGGAAGAAGCAAAAGGGGAGAAAGACAAAUGCUGGGAGCUCAGUAAAGGGUGAAGAAACAUCAGGCUCUCAUUCUAGUGCUUUUGUGGUGCAAAGUUUGGAUCUUCUCAAUCGAACAGCUCAAGAAACGCUGAAAACACAAGAAGUACAGUCAGCACCACAGCAACACGAGGAAAAACUUGAUGUGCUUACCCAGACUGGUCGUCCGAUCAUUGGCUUUGUAAGGAAAGGGGACUUUGACCUUGGGCGAGGUCAGGGGUCAGGGGUGGCAUUCUGUUCUGUGGCAGCUCUGUUAGAGCUUGUAGAGCAACAGAAGGCGAGGACGAGAAGCCUGGUGCUGGUCAGAAACCCCUCCUCCCUGCAGUUUAGAUUUGCCUCACUCAGUAUUGCAAUGUAAGAUUUAACUCAUUCCACGCCACGGUCAAUUCGAAUUCCAACUCUAUGCCAAUGCCAUGAAAAUUUCCAUUUGGCCAACAGACCUAUUGGGGUACUUACUUUGAGGGCUAUUACAAUUAUUUAGCUGUCAGAUGUAUCCAUAUUAUACCAACAUGAAGGAAAAUUAAUAAGAAUUAUAAAAAGUUUAUAAAACUCAAAUAAAUGAUGACAGAAUAUAAACAUAUGCACCACCAUAAGUUGACAAAGUGCAACAUGAACAAAAAUGAUGAUGGGCAUAUGGACGAUACAACAUGACAUUUUUUAUGUAGACUACUCUUAUCAUAUGUGAGCACUUUUCAUUUUCUUUUCUUCAAUCAGAAAGAUAAGAAUAAGAUAAACUUUAUUGAUCCGUGAGGAUGAUGAGUCUUCAUAAUGGAUACCAUUUUAGAUUGUGCGACUUUACGAAAUGUACAUCAUGUAUAAUACUUUGUGUUACAAUAUUAGGUUUAUACUUACAAUAAUAGUAGGCUUACUGACAUUUUGACUACCGAUACCAGUGCAUUAUUGUCAGGUUUUGCUUUUGUCAGUUUUAUGUUUGCCCCAUGAUCAUUUUGGUUGAGAAGUCAGUCUUCUACUUUAAUCCCAGCUCCUUUUUGCUCAGUUUUACUUUUGCAGAGUCCAUGAAGUUUUUUUGUUUGUUUCUCUUUAUGAAAGCAGCUUUAGAUCUAGUUCUCUGGUUCAUCAUUGUAUAUAUAUCGUUGCCUCAGAAUUCUAAAUAAAAAAAUGGUUAGAGUUAGAGAUCUAACUUGGUUUCUGUAAAUUUUACAGAAGAGUGAAAACAACAAAAAAAUUCAAGGCUAUUGUACACAUUUCAGCUGUUUAAAAUCCAAUUAUUUGGAUAGGUUAAAACCCAAAACCACAUUUUAGAAGUAAGCUGUUUAGAAUCCUGCAGCGACGAUAUAUGUAUAAUUUUCCUGCCACAAUGUUUGCAUGGGCUAGGACAAGGGUUUCUUUAUCACAGAACGGAAGAACUUUCAGGGCUGGUUGGGUGAAGUGAGGGAACCAUUGAGAUAAGGUGUGAUAAUUUUGUUACCAUCACAAGAACCAUAUGUUCUGGAAAGCUUGAUAAAAGUUUGUAUCCAAAAAAGAUACAUCGUUAGGUAGGGGCUACCUCUUUGGCUCUUCUUCAUAUAGUGCCUAUUCUGGUCCUAGCAACUAAAACCUAAAGCAAAGGUGAAAUUUAAUAAAACCAUGAUAUUUUGUGAUAUUCUUUGUCCUCUCCAUGUUGUUGUCAGUCACCGACCUAGCUCUAUGUUACAUUUGUUCAUGCCAAUGCCAUGGUUAUAUUUCAUUAAAGUUUUAAGUAUGUCUGAA